CCUCUCAAAAAUCAAUACCUGUUGUCACUGAGGUAGGUAUUUCUUUUGUGUUCAAUUAUUGGUUGGGGCUGUUGCUUGUGGACAUAUGUAACCCAGUAAAGCUAAAUAAAUCAGGAACUUCAGAACUUAUUUUAUUUCAACUACCAGUCUGAGUUUGUGGUCCCUUUAAUAUUUUGACCUGAGAAAUGGGAGCUUGAGUGGACAUUUGUUUUGAAAUUUGGAAUAAUAUUUGGCUUCUCUGAGAUAUUUGGAAUAUAUCUUCCCUGAUGCAAGGUCAGGGGGGCACCGUUGACUCCUUUCCUGAAACUGUUAACAUUGAUGAGGGGUCUAGUCCCAAUGACACGAGUAUUGGUCAACCAAAUUCUUUGCAUAACAUGCUGAAUCCUGUGGAAAAUCGGUUAUCCAAUUAUGCAUUGUCUUCCGGUGGGACAAUGCAUGGAAACACUACUACUCCCAACGUUCAGAGCUUUAGUGGCUGGAGUUCUGGUGAACCAAGCUCUAGAUUGAGAAUGCAAAACCAGGUGAUGCAGGAUGUUCUAAAUCACCAGCUUAAUGAUGAUGGAACAAAAAUAGAGUGUAGUUGGCCUUCUUAUGGUGCUCAUUUUGUGGCUGCUCCAAGGUCAGAAGAAAGGCGGAUUGAACCAGAAAAUGUCAUUUUUCCUGGGAGACUGCAUAAUGGUAGAAGUGGCAAUCAGGUCCGGAGUGGGCCCAUAUUUUUGCAAGGUUCAAGCUCUAAUCAUAGCCAACAAAAUGUGAAUCUAAAUGAAGGGUUUAUUAGCAGAAGUGGUAAUGGAAGGCCAGGCAUUGGAACUGGUAUAAGUCUCAAUGUCCAUAACUCUCAUGGACUAGAAAGAGAACUGAUAUCUAAUGCCAGUGUUUCUUCUGAUAAUGUUGGUAGUUCAUCUGGAAGCUCUAAUCAUUUGGGGGAGGAAAAUAUUGAUGGUUCUGGCUCUUCUUUGGGCAGUUGGGGUUUAUCCUGCAAGAGGAAGGUCCUUGAAGGUACUUCUGCACAGUCUUAUUCUGCUGGUGCUUCAAGUUGUUUUCAACAAAUGGAAAAUGCUGCCUGGCAUGCUGGCCCCUCUCAUAACGAUGCUUCUAGCAGCUUGAGUUUAUCAACACCCUCUUGGAAUUUCCUUAAUGUUGGUCCCCCUGAUCAGCCGAAUCCAAGAGUUGGGCUUGGUAUGAGAGGAGCAAUUAGUGAUGCAUUUACUUCUAGUGUAAGAAGAGCAAAUACAGGAAACCAACAAGAAUCUUUACCGUAUAGUUUAUCAUCAACUGGGGUUGCUGGGCAUUCUAGUUUUGGCUCUCCUGGUCAUCCUAGAACUGCCUCAUUUGGUGACUCUUUAGACUUGAGAUCCACCGGGGCAAUAGCUGGAAAUUCUAGUUCUGUGCCAACUCAACCUCAUAUGAGGAUUACUACUGUUGUGCCAAGAAAUGUGAAUCCUUUCCCUUGGAACAGCACUUCCAGUUUAAGAGCUGCCAACCCAUCAAACUCUACUAAUUUUGGAGAGAGAGCUGCUGCAUUACAGGAUGAACCAAACAUAAGAAAUAUCCCAAGAAACAAUCCAGAGCAUGCCAUGUUUGUACCAGCAACCGAUAUGAGAAAUGUAGCGCAAGAGUCAACAGGUUGGAAUUUGACUUCUGGAGGAGGUCUGCCAUCUUCUAGUCGACCUGGGCCUAGUUCAAGCACCCAUCCUUUGCCCAUUCAUGCCUGGAUUCCUCCUCACAACCCACCAUUGCAUAAUCAACAAAGGCUACCAGAAUUUGCUCCAUGGUCUUUAUUUCCUCCAAUUGAUUCUGAACCUGGUGGUUGUGGUGGCCAUUUUCCAUCAUUGUCUUCAGGCCCGUCUGCUUCCUCACGAGAGUCGGUGGUGCCAUCUGGAUCAAACAUUCAAGGUAACAAUCAACCAUAUCCAAGGUCAGCAUUCAUAUUGGAGAGACAAGAUGAUGAUGUCCUGGGGAUGCCCCAAUCAUUGCGAGCUUUGGCUGCUGACAUCGAAGGGAGACACCGGCUAAUAUCUGAGAUACGCCAAGUCUUGAGUGCCAUGCGUAGAGGAGAGAACUUACGAAUUGAGGAUUACAUGGUGUUUGAUCCGUUCAUAUAUCAUGGUAUGGCCGAAACACAUGACAGACAUAGAGACAUGCGACUUGAUGUUGAUAACAUGUCGUAUGAGGAAUUGUUGGCAUUGGAAGAACAGAUCGGAGAUGUUAGCACCGGGCUGAAUGAGGAAACCAUUCUGAAGUUGAUGAAACAGAAAAAGUGUUCAUCAACCACAACAGAAUCCACCCAAGAAUUGGAACCAUGUUGUAUCUGUCAGGAAGAAUACGCAGAUGGGGACGAUACCGGGAUACUAGAUUGUGGACAUGACUUCCACACAGACUGCAUCAAACAAUGGUUAAUGCUCAAAAACCUGUGCCCCAUUUGUAAGACAACAGGCUUGCUCAAGUGAGAUCAUGUUGUCGGACCCAAUAAUAGGGUUAUUAUCUAAUUCGAACCGGCUUUGCUUACCCUUGAACUGCAACUUUCAAGGCGACAGAGCAGCUGUUAAUGUUAUGAAUUGCAGGAUGAGUUUGUUCAAUAACUUGCAUAAAGCAUGAUGACAAUGAUGAACAUACCUGAAAUAAUAUGGUAUUUUAUUGGUAUUA